CUGCAGGAGGGAUCUGUCUGCACCCGCAGGCGAGGAUAUUCCGGUAGUAAGGAGCGUCAGAGCGCCAGGUUGUGACCAGUGGUAGAUAUGGAAAGACUGGUUGAACGGUUGGAGAAGGCUGUGGAGCGCCUGGAGGUGGUGUGCCAAGGACCUGGCAUGUGCGGAGAUGGCUCUUCCAAAGGAGUGGCACAGUAUGUGCAGGCUUUUGAUGCUCUUCUAGCUGGCCCUGUAGCUGAAUACAUCAAAAUCAGCAAAGAAGUUGGCGGGGAUGUGCAAAAACAUGCUGAGAUGGUUCAUGCAGGCUUGAUGAGUGAGAGGUCUCUUUUGGUGCUAGCGUCUCAACAUCAGCAGCCAACAGAGAGUAAGUUCUCAACACUUCUGAAACCGAUUUCGGAGCAAAUCCAGAUGGUGCAGAAUUUCAGGGAGAAGAACCGUGGUAGCAAACUGUUCAAUCACUUAUCAGCUGUCAGCGAGAGCAUCCCAGCCCUGGGCUGGGUGGCCAUGGCUCCAAAGCCUGGCCCUUAUGUGAAGGAAAUGACUGAUGCUGCCAUGUUUUAUACCAACCGGAUCCUUAAGGAGUACAAGGAUGUAGAUAAAAAGCAAGUGGACUGGGUGAAAGCUUAUCUGAGUAUCUGGACAGAGCUGCAGGCCUAUAUCAAAGAGUAUCACACCACAGGGCUGACCUGGAACAAAACAGGUCCAGUAGCAACAGAAGUGGCUAAUGUACCAUGCGCUCCCCCAGGUGGGGUUGCGCCUCCCCCGCCGGGCCCUCCUCCCCCACCUGUUCCUGCCCCCACAAGCUCCAGCACAGACACCUCCGCCUCCCGCUCAGCGCUCUUCGCCCAGAUCAAUCGGGGAGAAGACAUCACCUCUGGCCUGAGACAUGUUUCAGAUGACAUGAAGACCCACAAGAAUCCAGCACUGAAGAACCAAGGAGGUCCUUUGCGAAGUGGACCCAAACCUUUCACUGCCCCCAAACCAGCAUGUAGUGGUAAUCCCACCACAAAAACCUCUCCAAAGAAGGAACCUCCAUUGCUAGAAUUAGAGGGCAAAAAGUGGAGAGUGGAAAACCAGGAGAAUGCCACUAACCUGGUGAUCAGCGACACAGAGUUGAAGCAAGUAGCAUAUGUUUUCAAGUGCGCAAAUAGUACACUGCAAGUCAAAGGCAAAAUCAACUCUAUCACCAUUGAUAACUGUAAGAAGCUAGGACUGGUGUUUGAUGAUGCAGUGGGCAUUGUGGAGAUCAUAAACAGCAGGGACAUUAAAGUUCAGGUAAUGGGUAAAGUGCCAACGAUUUCCAUCAACAAGACAGACGGUUGCCAUGUUUAUCUGAGCAAGAACUCUCUAGACUGUGAAAUCGUCAGUGCCAAGUCAUCAGAGAUGAAUGUCCUUAUUCCCACGGAGGGCGGUGACUUUACUGAAUUCCCUGUCCCAGAACAGUUCAAGACAGUGUGGAACGGUCAGAAGUUGGUUACCACUGUGACAGAAAUUGCUGGCUAAGCAGAAAAGCUCCAAGGCUCAUGCCCUCCCCUGGCCCUGCUGUGGGACAAAUCUGCUUUCAGAUGAUUCUCUUAGAUUUCCUGUACCUUUCUGCUCUCCAACUGCUUCUCUUCUACCCAAGAGACACAGCUGCCUGCCAUCACUGAAAUACCUCUGGCUGGGAUUUGGUGUUGGUGGCAGGUCAGUUAUCGUCCACAUCUAUUAGCAGGAAGGUGUAUUUUUUUCUCCCCUUGUCCAAUCUAACUGCACCAAUUGAUCAUGUCAGAUUUUGGGUGGUGAACUUCACAGCCAAUAUUGGCAGUUGGCUUUCAGAGUGGUGUUUGUUGCUUUUUUUUCUUUUUUUUUUUUUUAAUAUUGCCUUUAAGCAAACUGUUCAUGUGAGAGGAAAGUUGUCCUUUUUUUUUUAUUUUUUUUUUUGAGUCAACAAAUAAUGAUGUUGAUUGGGGUCCAGAAUACUUGGUUGCUAUGGCAGAUGUCUCAAAGGCAUCCUGGAAGCUGCUAAUUCCAGUUCUGGGUAGUAAUCAGUGGCAUUACAGGACAUGGGAAUGGUUUUGUUGGACCAAAGGCUGAGGACUUGGGCUAUAGCAUUCCACACUGACUUCCCUUCCAUCGUCCCUACUAGCUCAAUGUAUUUCUGAUUGUGCCAUGACAGGAGGCUUUUUAUUAACUGGUGCCACAGUAAGACUGCAGUGGAGUGACUGCAGUAACCCUUCCCUGGCAGUCUGGCUGGUAGCCUGCAAUUGAGCACCUCUUUCCAUGAGCCCUCCACCCUCUAAAGGGAAUCUUUGCCCUAGGGCUUCCUUCUCAGAGCAGCUGAACUCAGGUUCAGUCUUCCAGGACAGUUCUCCUGAACCUGUCCCCUUCUGCAGAGGAAUGGUCUCCUUCAUUCCAGGGUCAGUAGUGUAGUGCAGUAAACGCCUGAGUUGGAUCAAGUUGGUUCAUCGCUCUCUUUCUCAUUGGCAUUCAUUCACCACAGAGUGAAACUUCUCAACCUCCCCUUUUCCCUGUUGCUUGGCUCUUUACUUUCCUGGAGGCUUGUCGUCUCUGUUCUAGGGCCCUGGAGCAGAGCACUGAAUCUAAAAAACAGUACUGUACUGACCCAUACAGGGCGCUGCACGUGCUUUGACCUUCAUGUUUCCAAUGCCUCGGGUGGCGUAAGCAUAUCUUAAAGGCAUUUCCUCUGUAAAGUGUCAAUGUUCUCUUUCUCUAGGACAAAACUUAUAAAAAAAUAUGCAAUUUUUUUAUUUUGAGACUGUCCUGUGACUUGUACUUGUCUUCUCCUGAGGCUUGUGGAAAAACCUUUCUUAUGUACUUAAGAUUAUACAGAAGAUAGAAUAAAGUUAAUGCCAACUUGCUCAUUA